AUGGAGGUGGAAGGUUGGUUGAUUGUGUGGUCACGUGGCAUUACUAUCAAAGCAUUCAAUAAAAAUCAAAUUUCAAGCCACAUCAUCAAGCAGGUCACCUUUUCUCAUAUUUUACAACUUCAUUAUCAAAUAUGUCAUCUGAACAUCAAAGCAGUUUAA